ACGUCACCUGUGCCAAACAGUGAUAUUUCCUCUCUGAAAUACAACAACAAGGUGCUUUCGACCAAUGUAUUUUCUCUUUGUGUCAUCAAUCGAACGAUAGUUUCUUCAGUUCUGUGUUCUGCCGGACGAAAUACUGACAAAUUUCGAUUCACCGCCGUUCCCUUCGCUAACCUGCGAGCAGAUUUCAUUUUAACGGGCGAGAAACAUUGCUUCCCUGUUGUUUACAAAUUUCUUGGCGGUGAGGGGAAACAGCGUUGGAGAAAUUUUCAACUUAGGUAUUUCAAAAACGAAACUCUGCGCGUCGCGGAAGACACAAUGGCUGGGAAGGAAUAAAAACCGAAGAUAAAAAUGUCACCUGUUACGCUAGGGUGUAACACAAUAUCUGAAGCAAUCGAGAUUUGGUCUGCCGGGAGAUCAUCACAGUGUCAGUUGGUUUGAAGAGGGCUCGGAGUUAAGGUUGCGCACAAGUUCAGCACUCCACAGCAACUCAGAUCCAUAAGCAAAUUGAAAGCAUUCAGCAAUGGAGACCAUGAUUCAUCUAGUGGCCCUUUCCACGCUGAUGACUCUACAAAUUCUUUGUUUCUUUGGAGGAAUCCAGGAAGUGGGCGGUGUAUGCAGCAGAACAUUCGAGUGCCCUACCGGUGAUUCUGGAAGUAAUCCAGUAUGUGGUAGUGACAGAAGGACGUACAGCAGUCGUUGCACUCUUCAGCUUGCAAAGUGCAAUGGGCACAGAGUCAGAAUGGCAUAUAAGGGAAGCUGUAAAGGUACAAGACCAUCAGUGCCACAACGCUCCCACAACCUUGUAGUGACCACUACAACCAAGUGUCUGCGUGAGAGACAGGAAGCACUAUCAAAUGCAAGAGCAAAAGAUCUCAUCAUGCUUGGUGUCUUUGCCCCUAAAUGCGAGGCUGAUGGCAGCUUUAGUCGAGUGCAGUGCUUAAACUCGUCAGGUUAUUGCUGGUGUGUAGACCGCGAGGGUAAAGAAAUGUCAGGAACCAAAGUGCGCCAGCGUACACCACAUUGUCCCACAAUAAGAGCACACAGUCAGCCAUCAGAGAAACCAUCAGGAAAAGGCUGGAAGUCGGUAAAACCUUGCAUUAAUUGUAAAGGUUGUCCAAGAGAUGCACGCACUAAUUUUAAUGAUAAGCUUGUGAAAUUCUUAUCGAAGCAAUUCAUGGAAUAUGUUAAAAAAUCUGCAUCCAGCUCAGGACAAGUUCAAGGUCAGUCAAGCAGUAUGGGUAAAGUCCAUCUUUUACUCUGGAAGUUCACACAUCUUGACACCAAUGCUGAUUACAUGUUGGAAAUGAAGGAACUCCAUGCUUUCCUCAAGAUUACAAAAAAAACCAUUCACCCUAAAAAGUGCAGCCGCACUUUCAUGGCUUACUGUGACAGGGAAAGAGACCAUAAAAUUUCACUCAAUGAGUGGUACUUUUGCUUUGGAGUGAAAGAAAUUAAGAAAUGUAGUGGUGAAUAUCUCGCAGCGCUGAAAGCAAGUAGGCAUUCUUCCAGUGAAAACCAACCAUACUUGCCUCGCUGUGCCACUGAUGGUUCAUUUACUCCAACCCAAUGCCAUUACUCCAUUGGUUACUGUUGGUGUGUUGAUAUUGACACUGGCAAACCAAUUCCAAAUACGACAACAAAAGCUACAUCUUUGGACUGCCGGAAGUACCUGUCAAAACAGAAUGCAACUGGCUUAGCAAAGAAAGAAUGUGCUCAAGAUUUGUGGAUGUCAUUCAGGAGACAAAUGCUGAGACUGUUCAGGAGAGAAGUGGGUGAAGACUCUCCAAAACAUGAAGAAGAUCAAGUUGAAUCAAUAAGAAACCAACGCAGAAGUGCCAGAUCAGGAAACCUUCAACUUUUUGGCACCUUUCUAUCAGAUAAUCAAGUUUUAAUCUGGAAGUUCAACCGAUUGGACAGAAACAGGGACAAACUGCUUGUGUCAAGUGAGUUUCUCACAUCGACCAUGAAGAAAAUUCUCGGAAACGUUAAACGAGGACGAAAAUGUGGCAAAAAGCUGUUGGUUGAUUGCGAUCUUGACAAAGAUAGAGGUUUAUCAAUGAUGGAAUGGACUCUUUGCCUAAGAAUACAUGAUCGUCGCAUGCCGCUGCAGUAGUUUGUGGAUAUCAUCAUGCAAGUGUGAUUCAUUUCACAACAUACAAGAACACGGCAGCUUGUGUCCAGCACAAGAAAGCAGGCCCAGAUUAGUAGAAGUAUGGACUGGUGAUGCUGCAACCUCUAUGUAAAACAUGAUGAAAAUAGUCUUUCUUGUAGUUUCCAGGCCUCCUGUGCUUUUCACACAGGCAAAGUCAGUAAAUAAUUUAGUUGUGUCCUAUUCCCAUGUAAGAUGUUCCAGUUGAUCUCUCACCAAAAUACAAGCAGACAAAAAAACAAAUUUAAAGAGAGAUCAGAAUUCAACAAGAUGCCAUAAACGAGGGUUGAGAAGGAAAUUUCUGAAAAGAAGUAAAAAUCCUGUUUCUUUUUUUAUACAUGCAAUUUAAUUCCAAUAACUUUAUUC